CAAAAAACCAUUUUCUCCAUGUGCUACUCUGCGCCCUGCUGCAGAACUUUUAUUUUCUUGCCGAGAUGGUUGGACAAUCCGGAACGAUUCGGAUUCUCUUUUUGUCCAGAUCGAUAUUGUGCCCUUGGCCUUUGUCCAAAGGGCCAGAAAAAAAAGGAAUAACCUGCUCCAACUCGUGCUGGCUACUCCGUGCAGUACAACGAAAUGGACUCUAGACUAGAGGAAGAGGACACGGUGGGCAUGCUUGAAGAUGUCCAUCGCAAGCAAAGACGUUCUUACCAUGACGGUGGCAGGCGGACAUCCUUGGUUCGCUCUUUGAGUACCCUCAGUAAAAAGGACGCAGCUAUUGAUCCGUCGUCCUUGGAGCGAGGUACAGGGAAAUACCAGAUCCUAGAUGAAAAAUAUGAAAAACCUCCCACUACUACUCUGCAUCGCUCUGUAAGCACUCUCAGCCGGGCUGUGGGCUUGCAGCGCUCAGCAAGUAGGGCCAGUAAAAAGAGUAUAAGCGAUCGAAGCGGGCGCGCUUGUUGGGAAAAAUGGGUGUUCAUUGGGUCCUUUAUUGCGGUCAACGCGGGGCUUAUCGUUAUGGUUUUCUUUGUCCGUUUCGAAUUGUACGUAUGGUUACUUUCCUUGUCAAAUACGAUUCGCAGUUUGUGCGUCCUGGCGAUUAUUAUCGGUUCGAUAUGGGAAGGAUUCAAAAACUGGCAACGCAAGGACAAGACGGCCCUUCUUGCCGCGGAGGGGGCGGCAAUCGCCAGCAAGAAUGUGUUAUGCAUUCUACCCUGCUACACGGAAAGUCGGAUGGAGUUACAGAGGACCCUUGAUUCCUUUGCUGAUCAAGCGGCUACAAAGAAUAAUCCCAAUAUGAUGAUCGCCGUUAUUGUCGAUGGUCUCGCCACUGGCAAGGGAAAUGAUCAACCCACAUGGGAGAUAUGCGCGUCGAUUUUGGGUGCGGAGGGAGCGUCAUUCGACGAAUUUACUUAUAAAAGUUGGAAAGGGAAAAAACUGAUGGUGAAAUCGAUUCGCGGGUACUGGAGAAAUAUCCCAUAUGUUCUUCUCAUCAAGAACAAAAAUUGCGGGAAGAAAGACGGACUUAUCAUGAUUCGGGAGUUGGUUCUCGGUUUCAACGGCGGACGGGACCGUGGUUUGGGCCGCUUUGGACAUUGGUUUGCCGAAAGCGUAAAGGUCAACGCUGGCUGGUCAACGAUCGACUAUUUGGUUGGGACUGACGCAGAUACAGUCAUUACCCCCGGCUCCGUAUUCGUGCUGGUAAAGAAGAUGCUGUCCAACGACAAGCUACUAGGCGUCAGCGGUUUCGUGAAGGCUGAUUUAAGUUUGGGGUCUUGCCUUAAUCCCUGGAUUGCCUAUCAAUUUUUCGAGUAUGUCUAUGGACAAUAUCUUACUCGAUUUGCGCAAGCCAUCUUUCGAAAGGUCACUUGCCUGCCUGGUUGCAUUCAAAUUGUAUCAGCAGACCCAAAACUGUUUGAUGUGCCUCUCGACAAAUUCAGCGCCUUGCCAAACCCGGAUUCACUGUUUGAAUCAGUUGUUGCCUUCCUGGGCGAAGAUCGUCGGUUUACAUGCCUAGCACUCUACGAAAACCCAAAGCAUCAUACUGGCAUGUCAUUUGAAGCUGUGGGCUUAACCGGGGUACCGCCCAACUCGCGCGUCUUUUUCUCCCAGCGAAGGCGUUGGUUUCUUUCGGCGCAGGCGAACAAUAUCAGGGACACGCUCAACUCCAACCUUCCCUUUACUAUCCGAAUCAUUGCUGCCUCCCAAAUCCUUGCCUCCGCGAUCGUUCCCUUCAUCUUUGUCGCGGUGGUUUAUUUCAUUACUCGAAUGGCCAUUAAUGGAACACACAAAUACUGGAUGCUCUUUAUCGGUUCCGCGUCGCUUGUGUGGGUCUACAAGUUUUUCUUGAUGGUUACCUACCCGGAAAGCUUCAAGGAAGUCUUUGUCAUGUUUUACGGCUUUAUCCUUCAAACCUUGUUUUCGGCCCCGAUUCAAGCCUAUAACACCAUUCACGCUCUCAAAAGUAUGGAUGACAUGGGGUGGGGAUUAACGCGUCAAGUGUCCAUGGACUUUGACGAGAUCAAGGUUACUACUGAUGCGGGGAGCCCGCCUUUGACGGAAGUCCGACCAGAGCCAGUCAACAGAUUAGAGACAGCACAAGUCGCCAACCCAUUGCUUCCACAAUGACCGCGAUUUGGACAGCUGUUAUUUUGAUGCAUUUUUGUUUAUAGACAUUAUAUUGAAGGGAUUGCAUUUUUUAUGGUGCAUGGGUAAUUAUGAGGAGGAAUCUUGGGCAUUGAUGGAGUAGAAGUGUGCUGACAUUGCGAGAUAUUUGAUGUACAUUAUACAUUCUUUUCUUUCAAAUAUAUUAUUCAUUCAUGAUGAGA